AACGAGGAACAGACAAAUCAACAGACAACAGACAAAUCGAAGUAAAGGAAACGAUACUAGUCAUUAGUCACAUCGCGAUGCGUCAAUAAAGCGAGAAUUUAGUCCUGGGGUACUUUAACGUUUAUACGAAUCUUUUGUUAGAAAUAAGAUCUUGGUUUAGAUCAUCCUCAGGUGCAGUUUUAAAUCCUGGAAUAUCGAGGAAAGAAAGGAUAAAAGUGCGAGUAAGCGCUAACGAGGAUAUUCUUUGUUGAGGAAAAAUAAUGUGUUCCUCGUAAACGGACCCUAAUGGCUUGUUUUCAUUUCAUGCGUACAAUUUCCUACCUUCUUUGAUGGAGAGUUGAUGGGGUAAAUAGUCUAAUCUUAUUCAGUUCACCUCCUGUGGAUUCCCAGUGACAGUCGUGACAGACGAAGUAUUCUGCAAAUCACAAGAGCCAGCUACCAGGAGAGCCAAACCACUUAAUAGGAAGAGUUUUAGGGAUUUAAAAUUGCUCCAUUUUAAAAUUCACACAACAUGCAAAAUAUAAAGUUCUCUGUAUCAUUGUAACUUUAUAGGCUUUAUUUUCUAAGCUAGAAAAUGGAAGAUUAAAAAGAAAAGGGUACCAAGAUAGAUCAGAAGCAAAUCGGAACACCUACCACACCCGGGGAUUCGAGGUGGCACUGGUCUUUAACAUUUCCAUCUCCUGGCUUGUUAUAAAAAUAAAAAGUCAUACCUGUCUGAAUCUGAAUCUACUAAAAAAAAAAAAAAAAUGGAGGUAGAGAAGUUUACAGCAUUCACAUGUCCUUGUUACGCCAGGUGAUCUAGGAAAAUUAAAAAAAAAAUUACUUAGUGAAGAUGUUGUUGCUUCACUGCGUAAAGCUUAAAUCAGAGAAAAGCAUACUCCUCAAUGCCCUUUCAGUUCUCCGAGCUGGGGGACGCAAGAUUCAAACCCUACUACAGAAACACUUGUUGGGGGAGGGAGGGCGUUGCAUGGUUGUAUCGCAGUUUAUUUUUUUUUAAGUGCUUCUUAACCAAUUCGAAGCAUAAAUAAUGAAUUUGAGCUUCAGACAGAGGAAAUCGCACCCACUAAUGUGAACUAACACGACCAAAGUAGGUGCAUAAUAGACAAGACUAGGAGCUGCUAACCACUUCUGCACAAUGGCAUUAAUAAGAUUAACCUGGGCAAUUAGCCGGUGCAGCAGAGAUCAAGCCUAAAUCUGGGGCCUUUCAAAAAAGCCCACUAAUGGAAAGGAUUACGUUAAUUUCAUUAAUUCUGAAUACACAGACUCGGGCUGCUUUCACUCCUUUGUGUAACCCCCACCUCUUCCCCACCAAAAAAAGGGGAGAAAAAAAAAUCAAAUCUGGUUUUGUUUGUCAUCUGCAUAUUACCAGGAACUAAAUCCAGGAUGACGUCGCCUGGGUAUAAAAAAGGGAAGAGGUUCAGAUGGAUUAUACUCCGAGCAGCCCUCUGGGUUGAGAUCAGUAAACAGGCGAGAGUUGAGGGGGGAAAGUUCCAGGGGUGGAUCCUGCGCGCACGCACACACACACCGCACACGACACACGCGCGCACAGACACACACGCACACUCUGACCGCAAGCUGCCCUCGGAAAAGGCUCUGUUCUUUUCGCUCCGAUCCCUUUUUAAAAUUUCUCCGAAAAGUUUCGAUUUCGUGUCUUUCCAGCCUCUCCCCCCCCCUUCCCCAACCACCACCUACCCUCCCUCCCGCCCUCCUCCUUCCCUCCCCCGGCCGGUCCCCGCCGCCCUGCCCCGCACGGUUUGGGGCAUGCCUGUGAGCAUGUUCAGCAUCGACAAUAUCCUGGCGGCCAGACCUCGCUGCAAGGACUCGGUGCUGCUGCCCCCGAGCGCCGCGCCCGUCGUCUUCCCCAGCCUCCACGGGGACUCGCUCUACGGCAGCGCCUCCGACUACGGCGGAUUUUACUCCCGGGCGGUGGCUCCCGCCUCCGCUCUGCCGCCGGCCGUCACUGGAUCUCGGCUCGGCUACAACAACUACUACUACGGGCAGCUGCAUGUGCCGGCGUCCCCCGUGGGCCCUUCGUGCUGCGGGGCCGUGCCGCCCCUGGGCGCCCAGCAGUGCUCCUGCGUCCCCCCCGCAGGUUACGAGGGCACUGGGUCAGUCCUGAUGUCCCCUGUUCCCCAUCAGAUGUUGCCCUAUAUGAACGUGGGCACUUUGUCCCGGACGGAGCUGCAGUUACUGAACCAGCUGCACUGUAGGCGGAAAAGACGGCACAGGACUAUCUUCACUGACGAGCAGCUGGAAGCGCUGGAAAACCUAUUCCAGGAAACGAAAUACCCAGACGUGGGCACCAGGGAACAGCUGGCCAGAAGGGUGCACUUAAGGGAGGAAAAAGUGGAGGUUUGGUUCAAAAACCGCCGAGCGAAGUGGAGGAGGCAAAAGCGAUCGUCUUCGGAGGAGUCAGAAAACGCACAAAAGUGGAAUAAAGCAUCUAAAACGUCACCGGAGAAGAGACAAGAGGACGGGAAAAGUGACUUGGACUCCGACAGCUGAUGCAUCUCAGUAGGGGGGACAUUUCCCGUGGACUGUCAGAUAUGCUCCAGAGGAUGCUACUAAUCUUGCACAAGCUCUGCCUUGUUGGAGGGGGAAAAUAUCUGUAUAUAAUGUAUAAUGCCCCGAGUUGAUUCCGUGUAAAUAAAAAUGUGUUUGCGGAGGUGUUGCACAGGUA